AUGAUACGAAUGCAUGCAGGCCGAGAUCCAACAGAAACAUCGAAUGAACCGAUUGAGAUCCUUGCCUGGCGAUUCAAGACAUGUCCCCCCUCUGGCUGGUCUGUUUGGACAUGGCUUGGCUCGCUCCAAUCAAGAAUAGGAAUGGUCUCCCCGCCGUCGUUGGAAAUUGGAACUCCGGGAUUAGGGAUAACUGGCGUGUUUUUAUCUUCUCAAUGCCCUGUCUCCGCUGAACAAAGCUCACCCUGCGCCAAACCAUCUUUCUCCGAGUCUCAGUCCAGAUAG